AUUAUGCCUCGCAUUAGGGAUGAGUGGAGGGAGCUGGGCUAUAUAAGCGGGACGCUGCAGGACUCGGGAUCACUGCGGUUGCCAGAUUCAUCGCUCCGAAUCCACUCCACAGCCAAACACACCCAGAGCAAAAAUGGCAUUUGCCGGUUUUCUGAAUGAUGCUGACAUCACUGCAGCCCUGCAGGCCUGCGCAGCUGCUGACUCCUUCAAGUACAAGGACUUCUUCGCCAAGGUUGGCCUCUCUGCCAAGUCCGCCGAUGAGGUCAAGAAGGCUUUCGCCAUCAUUGACCAGGACAAGAGCGGCUUCAUUGAGGAGGAUGAGCUGAAACUGUUCCUGCAGAACUUCUCUGCCAGUGCCAGGGCUCUGACUGAUGCUGAGACCAAGGCCUUCCUCUCAGCUGGCGACAGUGACGGUGAUGGCAAAAUUGGAGUUGAUGAGUUUGCUGCCCUUGUUAAGGCUUAAACACUCAUAUACCAGGUUUUUGGAGUUGAUGAGUUUGCUGCUGUGAUCAAAGGUUCAAUCAUAACUGACCACAACCUCUUACUGGAAAGGAACAAAACAACACUGCCUGAAACCUUGCCUCAGUCAAGCUGACUUUUAUACGAGUUUGACAUGCCAGCACACCUCCCGCUCCCAAGCUGCGCUCUGUCCACAAUUACUGUACAUGUUGAAUGGUUGUUUUUGUCAUGUCAUAGAUGUGGAUUUGGAAUUCUGUACAAUCUGUGAUGCAUUAUUUGGGAAAGGAUGGUGAGAAACCAAUAAAAUGUUCUUUUUCA